AUGAGUAUCGGUAUGAGUACCGGUAUAAGUAUUGAUAUAAGUAUCGGUAUGGAUAUGAGAAUAAAUAUUGGUAUGAGCAUUAAUGAAAAAAAUGAUACAGGUACCAGUAUGGAUGUCGAGAAUCAAUCAAUUCAAUCUGAUGCUCUUUCUGGUCUCAAGAAACCCAAUAGUACAGGUAUGAAUGCUGGGUCUCGGUAUGGGGUAUCGGUAUGGGGUGUCGGUAUGGGGUAUGGGGUAUCGGUCAUGGAUCCAACCACUAUGGGUGGUAGUAGUGUAGCAUCAAAUAUGCUAGUUGAUGUAGACGAGAUGAAAAAAUUGAUAACCGCGCCAAGUGGUGAUAUGAUCAAGAGCCUGUCUUUCUGCAAUAUUGGACUCGAGGUUAGGAAAAUCGAAGCACGCGUUGAUAUCAUUCAUUGGUUGAUUGCACACAAAAACCGAAAGACUCAGGAAUUUUUGAUCGCCAUUCUCCCUGCAAAAUAA